AAUAAUUUGCCCCAAAACAAGCAGCCUUUCAAACAAACCCAGACAGAAGAAAUAAAUAUACAAUCAAAUUAUAACACUUGCUGCCUGUCAUCAGAAAGAGAAAAACAACCAUCAGGAAUCCAACAGAGGCUUCACAACCACGAAGCCUGAUGAAGAUAUCAUUUCGAAGGAUAAAUGCGCCGUACAUCCACCUAGCUUCCCUUCAAGCUCAGCUUCAUCUACCGUCCAUAUUACGCAACACUGCUUCAGCAGCACUAGCCAUAUUACUAGUCUUUGCAAGCUUCAACCUCAGCUUUGGCGUCCGCUACUCCCCACAACUUGACCAAUGUAGCCCGAUUGGCUAUCUAAGCGGCACAGAUGGCAACUGCAACACAGAGCAUGAAUCAGAAUGUUGCAAGGCAGGAGAGACGUACCCCCAAUACUACUGCUCACCACCAAUCACUGACGAAACAAGUGCAACUUUGACAAUCAAUAGCUUCGCCGAAGGCGGAGAUGGCGGAGGCCCGUCGGAGUGCGACGGCAGCUAUCACAGCGAUGAUGAGAUGGUGGUGGCGCUUUCCACAGGAUGGUAUAAUUAUGGGAGCCGAUGCUUGAAGACAAUUAGGAUUAAUGGGAAUGGAAAUUCAGUGUUGGCUAAGGUUGUAGAUGAAUGUGACUCUAUAAAUGGCUGUGAUGCUGGUCAUGAUUUCCAGCCUCCAUGCCGCAACUACAUUGUGGAUGCUUCUCCAGCUGUUUGGAAUGCUUUGGGAAUGUCUGGAGAUGAUGUUGGUGAAUAUCAGAUUACCUGGUCUGAGGCUUGAGCUUUGUACAUAGAUAGACAGGCGAAGAACUAAGAAUUAAGAUGUCUUGGGCUGUUUAGGGGUAUAUAAUUUAUCUAUAAUUAUUAGAAUUAAGAUGUUUUGGGAUGUUGAUUUGUGUCUUAUGUAUCUACUGUUAUCAAUAGUGGCUUGUUGUUUCUAA